AUGGCCGUAGUUUACCAAUAUACAUCACCUUAUUUCUGGGGUGCCACAUCACCAUCAUCAUCACAGUUCCCGUUGCCAUCGACACCGGCAGUGGCGACCGCCUCUAAAUUGCCACCAUCACCUGACCACUUCCACAACAGCAGCAGCAAUAAUAACGCAUUCCAGUUUCCAAUGAUGCAUCACCAGAUGGCAUCGGCACAUCACCAUCAUCAUCCACUUCAACAGAUGCCUCAUUCAUCAAUACAUCACUCACCACCACCUCCACAUCACAUUUUCUCACCUUUCGCACUGAGUCCAAGUGCCAGCGCCUCGUCAAUGGGCAGCCCUACAUCUGUUCUCCACUCAUCAACAUCGUCCGCCUCGGAUGCCCUGGAACAGGCGCAUCAGUUCUCGCCACCAAACCUGUCUACCAAGCGUCAGUACUCACUGGAUGACCUGGCCAAUGAGGAGCAUGCCUAUUUGGAGGCCGAAGGCUACUCCUAUGAUGAGGAGGAUCCAAGUGACACUGAUGAUGAGGAGUAUCAGCUUCAAAUGGAGGAGCUCAAAAGUUUCCUCAAGCCCUUUGUACAACAAAUACUUGAAAGCAAUCACUCCAAGUCCAUCCGUACAUUCCUCAUCGACUGUAUCAAAGAAUAUAUAACUGUUAAGGACUUCUUGACCAAGGUCAACUUGUGCUGCAAUGAAAACAACAUUGGACAUAUAUAUCAGGCAAUGAUCCAAUUGUUGAUCAAGGUGGAUGGAGAUGUAAAGAUGGUCAGCUACAUGGCUGAUUGUGGCGUGGAGGAGAGUGACUUGGAGUUUGUCAAGGAGCUGGACCUGACCAACAACAAUGCCGAGGUGGUGAAGAAGAAGCGUGAGCGCAAGAGAGAGAGUAUAAGUAGAGGCCUGCGCUCACCGCCCAACAAGUGGACCAAGGAGGAGUCGCAGAACCUCAUCAGACUGGUGACCGAGAAUGGUGACAAGCAAUGGAAGAAGAUCGCUGCCAAGCUGGGAGGUGGCAAGACUGGCGCGCAGUGUGCCCAGCAUUGGAAGCGUGUGCUCAGUCCCGAGAUCAAGAAGGGCUCGUGGGACGAGGACGAGGAGAUGCUUCUUUUCUCGCUGGUUCAGAAGCAUGGCCAGAGCUGGAAGAAUGUGGCCAUCGAGAUCAAGACGCGCACAGACAUCCAGUGCCGUUACCAAUACUUCAAGGCGACGACGUCGCGCCAGACUCCAUGGUCGGCCACCGAGCUCGAGAUCCUAAGCAAGAAGAUCGAGCAAAUAUUGAUCAACAACUAUGAGAUUGGAUCGUUCCAGCAGGUUGCCAAGCACCUUGCUCGCGCCAAGUGCACCAAGAUACCGCGUACGGCACUGGAAUGCAAAGUCAAGUGGAGUGAGAUAUGUGCCUGUUACCAAGGCAGGCCACCAGUUGGAUUCUAUCAAUAA